AUGGGGAAUAAUUCAGAAGAAAUAGUCAGACAGGAAACUCUCCAAGGAGUUCCUACUACGGAAAAGCCUACGGUAACUGACGAUGACCAUCUGUUAAUGCAACUUGGUUACAAGCCUGAACUAAGGCGUAACUUUUCAGUUAUUCAGGUUUUUGGUAUUGCUUUCAGUAUCAUGAGUUUACUUCCUUCUAUUGCUUCGGUUCUAGCAUUGAACUUACCAGCAGGUGGUUGUGCAACCUGGGGUUGGUUAGCUGCUAGUGUUUGCAUUCUGACGGUUGGCAUGUAA